CGAACGUACGCCGAACUUGCGAUCUUUUGUAGUUUUGUGAGUUUUGUUACGUACUUUUAGUUUUGUAAAACAAAAAAACAAAAUUUCAAAUCACAAAAGAUUGAUAUUGAGUUCCUCCGGCUACACCCAGCAGUUACUGGAACAGGGAACUAAAAUAUUGUCCGGUGAAUGUCCAGCUUCCAGAGGGAGCAAUUUUUCACUGCACCGUAGCUGUUGGAAAGAGGUCUUGUCUGUGCGAGUUACAGCAGCCAAGGCUCCAGCACCAUCUUUGGAUUUGAUCAUUUGGGAACUCAGCACUCUCGCAGUCAGAGUGACGGAAAAAAAGAAGCCGCAUAUCUGAGAUCCCUAUGCAUGAUAGCUGCAGGUACAAAUAGAGUCGCAUUCAGGCUGGUUGUUAAAAAUAUUCCUUCCUGCUGUUCGGUUUUUGUGGUGCGAACAAUGAAGCUUCUCACACACAAUAUGCUGACGUCAAAGUCGAUUAAGGGAGUGAAAGAAGGUUAUCCUCUUCAGCUCAAGGUGGAGGAUAUGGAAGUAAAGGAAACAGAGUUCAACAAAGACUUUGUAGCGCGUAUCAUUCCGAAAAUAAGAUACGAUGCACUGAGGUCCGCUGUGAAGGACGUUGGCAAGGAGGACGCUUUGCCCGCUGAAUUACCGGAUGAUGCAGCGAAUUCCGAGGAUUUCCUUCGAAAGUUUCACCAUGUCCUCUUGGAGCUAGAGAUUCUGAAAGGCGAGCUCAUUUGUCCUGAGACGGGAAGAGUGUUCCCUAUACAAAACGGAAUUCCCAAUAUGCUUCUUAAGCCUGAAGAAGUCAGUUAGGCUAUCUGCGAUCUCUGGUUUGGUUUUGCGGAAUGUUUGUUAGAUGCUGAACUUGUUGAAUGAGUGAUAGAUGUUUAAUUUUUGAUCCCGGAUUCGAAUAGAAUUUCUCGAUGCAUAUUCUGUUUCUUUAUCUGACUUGCAUUGUAGUUUGCGAUCGUACCCCAGGUUUUUGAAAUACCGAUCUUCUUCGUCAUCUUCUCCGAAGAUGACGAAUAUCUGUACAUAUAUAGUUCUGCAAGUAUAAAAAUCUGUUACAACCG